ACCCGCACCCACUUCUACAGAGCUCCCACUUCUCUCAGAGAGAACGACAUGUCGCUUUACCGCCUGCUCCUCCGCUCUCUCCGCCGCCCAGCCACCGCCCCACAAUCCCUAACCUCACUCACCCUAUCCACAACCUCAAAACCCCACCAUCUCACCACCACCCGCUCCUUCGCCUAUUCCACUGCCGAAGAAGCCGCCGCCGAACGCCGCCAACGCAAGCGCCGCCUCCGCAUCGAGCCCCCGCUCAUCAACCUCCGCCGCGACUCCCGCCCGCCACCCCCGCGCGACCCCAACGCGCCGCGCCUCCCCGACACCACCUCCGCCCUCGUCGGUCCACGCCUCAACCUCCACAACCGCGUCCAGUCCCUCAUACGCGCCGGCGACCUCGACGCCGCCUCCGUCGUGGCGCGCCAGUCCGUCUACUCCAACAAUCGCCCCACCGUGUUCACCUGCAACGCCAUCAUCGCCGCCAUGUACCGCGGCAAGAGGUACAAUGACGCUAUUGCCCUUUUCCACUUCUUCUUCACCCAAUCCAACAUUGUCCCCAACAUUGUCUCUUACAACAAUCUGAUCAACACUCACUGCGACGAGGGCCGUGUCGAUGUGGGUCUCGAGAUUUACCGGCACAUCAUCGCCACCGCGCCCUUUAGUCCCUCGCCGGUGACCUACCGGCAUUUGACUAAAGGGCUAAUCGACGCCGGCAGGAUCGGCGACGGCGUGGACUUGUUGAGGGAGAUGUUGAACAAGGGGCACGGCGCCGAUUCUAUGGUCUUUAAUAACUUGAUCAAGGGGUUUUUGGACUUGGAGAAUUUGGACAAGGCCAAUGAGCUUUUCGACGAGCUUAAGGAGAGGUGUUUGGUGUAUGAUGGGGUUGUCAAUGCCACAUUUAUGGAUUGGUUCUUCAGUAAGGGGAAGGAGAAGGAGGCAAUGGACUCGUAUAGGUCGCUGCUCGAUAAGCAGUUUAGAAUGAUUCCGGCCACGUGCAAUGUUCUGUUGGAAGUGCUGCUUAAGCAUGGCAAGAAGAAGGAGGUGUGGGCUCUAUUUGAACAAAUGCUGGAUAACCACACCCCGCCCAACUUCCAGGCAGUGAAUGCCGAGACUUUCAAUAUAAUGGUCAAUGAGUGUUUUAAGCUUGGCAAGUUUGGUGAGGCAUUUGACACCUUCAAGAAGGUGGGAACAAAUGUCAAGUCCAAGCCGUUCUCCAUGGACGUUGCCGGGUAUAAUAAUAUCAUUGCUAGGUACUGUGAGAAUGGGAUGUUAUUGCAGGCUGACGAGCUUUUUACAGAAUUGGCCUCAAAGUCGCUGACCCCCGACGUGACAACUCACAGGACUCUGAUUGAUGCAUAUUUGAACGCUGAGAGGAUAGAUGAUGCUCUUAGGGUAUUUAAUAGAAUGGUGGAUGUUGGGUUGCGAGUGGUUGCUAGUUUCGGCAACAGGGUCUUUACUGAGCUGAUUAAGAAUGGGAAAGUAGUGGACUGUGCAAAUAUUUUGAAGAAAAUGGGAGAUAAAGAUCCUAAACCUGAUGCCAGUUGCUAUGAUGUUGUGAUCAGGGGGCUUUGUACUGAAAGGGAACUUGACUCAAGCCUUGAUUUACUGGCCGAAAUGGUGAGAUAUCGCGUUGGUGUUCCUCCUGCACUGAAGCAAUUUGUAUGCGAGGUCUUUGAAAAUGCUGGCCGUGGUGGACAGGUGGAGAGAACAUUAAGUGAGACUAGGUACACGCCAUCUCCUAGAACGGUACAGCCACCACAAUUCCCACCCGUAAGAUCACCUCAACUGGCAGGACGGCCAGAACCACCAUUAGGAACCUUUCAGAUGGCAGGAGUGGGUCACCCUUCAUCAGCUCCCUCUCACAUGGCUGGACCAUAUCAGCCAUCAUCUGGACCAGCUCAAGGGUCUGUAUCACACCAAUCCCCAUCAGAAUCCGGGAGCCCUCAAAUGAGGGAAUAUGUAGCAACUGCGUGAUUCUUAGGUACUAUGUUAUUGAUCAGAUUCCUAUACGUUUGUAUUUUGAGUUCACCAGUGCUCAUCAUUGUUAAUCUAAGUCUCUGUCUCACACACUUGUGGUGUGUGUUAUAUUGACUCGAGUAUAAUAAUGGUGAUUUUGGCUACUGCAACUAUUAAUUAUUAUCAUAAGUUAUGCAGCAAUUAAUAUGAUGACUACAUUAUUCCUGUUCUC